AUGUGUUCUGGGUCUUCUACAGGUGUUGAAGUUUCAAAGUUUCAAGCUGUGUACUCCUUGAAAUUAAGAAUUCAAACGGUUGGUGUGAUCUUUGUGACUUCGACCGUGGCGUACUGCGGCCAGGGCCAGAAGGUGCAGAAGGUGAUGGUGCAGCCCAGCAACCUUAUCUUCAGAUACUUGCAAAAUAGAUCUCGAAUUCAGAUGUGGCUGUAUGAACAAGUGAAUAUGUGGAUAGAGGGUUGUAUUAUUGGCUUUGAUGAAUACAUGAACCUCGUAUUAGAUGAUGCAGAAGAAAUUCAUUCUAAAACAAAGUCAAGAAAACAACUGGGUCGGAUCAUGCUCAAAGGAGAUAAUAUCGCUCUGCUCCAAAGUGUUUCCAACUAGCAGUGGUCAAGCAU